AUAAGCACCAAUCUUGGCAAUAGAGAAGCACAAAGAAAUACAUAGCGCUCAAAGGAUGGCUUGCCUGCACGAUCACGAUUGCGCCGACCAUAACUGUUCCUCCGAUUGGUCUCUCUUCAAGCAUAUUGACCUUUCUAAGGUGUCUGCUUUGAACGAGGCUGUCAGAGGAAGUGUCAAAUCCGUUUUUAAACCAUGGGAGCAGCGUUUGAAUACUUCGGAGGGCCACCUGGAAAGCAAUGAAGGUGAUCCUGAACUAAUUGUUUUCAUUCCGUUCACAGCAGAUGUUAAAAUCAAGAGCAUAGCAAUUGUCGGCGGCGCUGAUGGAACAAGUCCAGCUAAAAUGAGAGCGUUCAUCAAUCGGGAUGGCAUUGAUUUUUCAGAUGCUCAAUCUAUGCAACCAGUUCAGGAGUGGGAUUUAGCCGAAAACUUGCAAGGAGUUUUAGAGUACCAGACAAGGUAUUCUAGGUUUCAGAGUGUGGGAAAUAUCACCUUGCAUUUCCCUGAUAAUUUUGGCGGUGAUGCAACACAAAUACAUUAUAUUGGCUUGAAAGGAGAAGCCACCCAGAUGAAGAGGGACGUUGUUGCAAAUAUUGUUUAUGAGGUUGUACCUAACCCCUCUGAUCACAAGACUCGAGCUGAGGGCGGCGGAGGCCUUUCACGUGUGGAAUAAGUUGUGCUUUAGGCAGCUCUCUUUUGUAGAGUGCUUUCUUUCUUCUGUAUACUGAUAGAACCUGUACUCAAAAUAUACCCAGGAAUCAUUAGAUAAUUUACUGAAAAGUGCAUUUACUUCUUCCUGUUAACACGAUACAGUGGAUAAUCACUUAUUACUUGUGACAUAUCACCUUCCACAAGAAGGGUGCCAUAUCUACACUCAUUCGAGCUUUGAGAUUUGUCGUACUUCUCAGAAUCGGAUGCCAGAAAUGGGUUUCAGGUGUCA